AUGGACAUGGGCACGUUGGACCCGGUGUGGUUCAACUACACCAACGAGCCCAACACUUUCUACCUGGGCCCCUCCCUGCUGGGCACCAGUGCCGCCGACUCCGACACCGCCUGCGCCCACCGCUGCAACGACGAUGCGGCGUGCACGUGGUGGGCCUUCUGCCCCGUGCUGGAGGGGUGCGACAUCCUCACCUACUGCAAUACCACCGACGAUGCCGCCUCCCAGCUGCUGCCCGGCGGAACGUGCCUGCUGUCGGGCGAGAGCCGGUCGGACCGUACCGCCACCAACUUCAUGAGCCAGGGCGGUACUGCCUGGUCCAGCGGCUACUACCAGCCCACAAACACCCCCUCCUCCGACGGAACCGUCACCCAGUUCUCCUCGCUGGCAGGCCUGGGCCGCAGGCUGGCGGCGCAGGAGGGCGAGCAGCGGCGGCGGGUGGCGCAGGAGGGCGGCGCCGCGCAUUCCACAGACCCCACCCACCCCAUCUGGCAGCGCUUCACCUACCUGCCAGGCGCCUACUCCCGCGGCCCCUCCAUGCUGCCCGCCACCCAGGCAGACACCCCCGAGCAGUGCGCCACGGCCUGCCACGAGGCGGCGCAGUGCCGGCAGUGGGCGUGGUGCCCCCCCGGCGCCGCCGGCGGCUGCGAGGCGCUCGAGUGGUGCGAUCCCGCGGCCAGCGCCGCCACCGCCCUCCUGCCCGGCGGCACCUGCCUGCUGUCGUACGACGAGGCGGCGGAGGAGGUGGGGCGGGUGGCCUACCUGCUGGUCACGGGAGAGGGCGUGGCCUGGGGCAGCGGCGCGGCGCGGGACGGCGCCGAGGCGCCCGCGGCGGCGCCGGCCUCCUGGGACCCCUCGCCGGUGCCGCUUGAGAGCCCCAGUCCCAGCCCCAGCCCCAGCCCCAGCCCCAGCCCCAGCCCGUCGCCAGAGGCCUCCCCCUCGCCCUCCCCUGAGCUCUCCCCAUCCCCGGCAGCCUCCCCCGCCCCCAUCAACGGCUCCGACGGCGGCUGCCCCGAGGGCACCGAAAACUGCGGCGGCUCUGCGGGCACCCUGUGCAUCUUGGUGAAGGAGGACCGGAUGAACUGCGGCUUCUGCGGCCACAUGUGCGGGGUGGAGGAGAUGUGUAUGGGCGGCAUGUGCAUGUGCCCCGGCGGCGGCCGCAAGUGCGGCACCUCCUGCGCCAACAUCCUGCUGGACUCGUUCAACUGCGGCGGCUGCGGGAUCAGCUGCAUGCCAGGGCAGAUGUGCAUGAGCGGGGUGUGCACCUGA